UCUGUGGCCGAGGUAGAGCACCUCCCCUGUCCUCUCCCUCCUCCCCUCCCACCACUGCCCCCCAGUCAAUCCUCAGCCUCCUAACCUCCAGUCACUCCAGUCGCAUCAGCCCAAGACAGCCACCACCAAUGUGGGAGCCCCAGCAGCCCUCUGUCAGGAUGGUCACCCGACUACUACUGCUAACCUCCGCACUCCUCUCCACCUGUCAAGCGGCAGAGUCGCCGGCAUUGUUCACAAGUGUCACCCUGACUCUCGAGCCCAGCAACGCCGUCUCCCAGGGUACCAACGUGACGGUACGCUGCCAGGCCUUGGUCAGCAGCUCUGGGUUCCUGAACCGUAAAUACACCAUCUACAAGGACAACACCGUGGUGUACACGGAGAGCAUCACCACCGCAGAGGACCUCAUCUACUCUCUACGCAUGGCCAGAGUGGCCAACACUGGGAAGUACAAAUGCAAGGUGAACAUAACGGGCAAGGAGCUAAGCAGCAGCUCUGAGAAACUGACUGUGACAGGCCUGCAGACGCCAGUCCUCAGCGUCGACAAGCGCGUGUUCAGCGAGGGAGAGGAGGUGACCGUUGGGUGUAAGGCCCCUGGGGAGUCCGGCCCUAUCAGCAUCUACUUCUACGAGGACUCUAAAGAACUCUAUGAGGAGAGGGUCAACGCCAACCAUGUGGAGACUAGGCUGCGAUUCAACAACGCUGGCGACCACAGGCUACACUGUGACUACAGGGUCAUACUGCUGACAGACUCGGUCCCGUCCAAUGCCAGCAACAAUGUGGUGGUCACUGUAAAAGAGCUGUUCAUCACACCUGUAAUCUCUGUCCGACCACACGGAUCAAUGAUCAUCGAAGGGGACCAUCUGGACAUCUCCUGCAGUGUCAGUGGUAACCUCCAGAACAGCUCUGGGCUCAAAGUCUUCCUGUCCAAGGGACCGACUCUGCUGAGUUCUGGUCAAAGUAAAGCCAACCACAGCAUGAGAGCCCUGGCCGAGCACUCUGGGGAGUUUCAGUGCUCUCUGGAGGUGGGAAAUGUAGUCAAGCAAGCGACGGAAAACGUGAGGAUUACAGAACUGUUUUCCCAGCCAGUUCUGACCAUGUAUCCGACAGAGGUCUUUGAAAAGGAGAAAAUCACGUUAACCUGCAAGAGUACCAACUACUCCUCUGACAGAAUCAGCGCUUCGGAUGUGAAAUACUCCAUUUACAAGGACAAUUACACACUGACGCCAGGCAGCUUCAAUGGGAUAUACGUUGUCCCUGGGGUGGUAUGGAACUCGAGUGGGAUUUAUUCAUGUAAAGCAGAUGCCAGGAUGAUCUCCAAGUACAGUGCAAAGCUGCCUGUCCAGGCAAAAGUUCUUGUCAGUAAACCGGAGAUAACGGCCAUUGGCAGAGUGAUCGUGGGAAAGCCCUUCCAGGUGCGCUGUCACUCAGACCGAGGCAGCCUACCCAUCGAGUACACCUUGUGGAAGAAGUAUUCUGAGGUCAACUCGACCACCGUGCAGCAGCCGCACCAACAGGCCAUCUUCCCUGUCACCGUCCAGCACUACAGCGACAUGCAGGACUAUAAAUGCGAGGCGCGGAAUAACCCCAAAAUCGACACGGUGGUCAGCAACAAACUCAACACCACAGUCAUAGUGCCUCUGUCCAAUCCAGGUCUCAGCGUCGUCCCAGACCUGUUGGAGGUCACCGAGGGAAAUGAGAUGUACCUGAUCUGUGGGGUGGAAGGUUCCCCGCCUGUCACCUUUAAGUGGUACCGACGUGGGAACGUCCAGCCGCUGUUCACCACCACCUCAACCCAAUCCAGCGCGUCCCACCAGAUCAAGGGAGUGGGGAACGAGCACAGUGGCACCUACUACUGCGAGGCUAUCAACUACGCUAACAUGGUCCGGAGUCAGCCAGUCACCGUAGAUGUGAAAAUGGCGAUGUGGAAGAAAGGUUUGAUCGUGGCCUGCUGUCUGCUAGUGGUGGCUCUCCUAGCCCUCGCCUGCGUGCUGCGCUACAAUUCCAAGAGAGGUAAACGAGAAAACGCAGCUGAACUGUCAGUAAAGCCUUCGAGCCCUAAAUCAGAUGACUCUCUAACAGUGAGUCUUACCCACAGCACUAUGGAGGUUUAUAACCCGCCCGAAGACGCAGCGCCACCCUUUGACGGCAUGGAGGGGAGAGCGACCAAUGGGACGCGAGAUAGUGUGGCAUCACUUCCUGCUGGCAUCAGCAACAGGAGCAGCUACAGUCUCCCAGCAACAGUGUAGAGAAACCCAACAGAGGGGAGGGACUUUUUUGGUUUGAACAGAAACAGAACAAACAUUUUGCACCACUUGGUUGAAUAAAGGGAUAUAUGGGAUGAAAACCAAGGAUGACAACAAUUGGAACAAUGGCUCAAACAACCAAAAUCCCCACAGACACUUUUAGAAAGGAAAGAAUGGCCAAAAAUGUCUUCCUUUGAGAAAGUAUGACCUAUUUGUUAUGUGUUGUAGAUGUAAUAUCAGAGGGUACAGGUGUAGUGGACACAAGAUGGCCGACACCAAGGGGCUUGUUGCCAACAUCAGUCCCAGUGACAGACAGUUGAACUGGCCCUAUUGCUCCCUCUCCUCUCCUGCUGCUGUCUGGAAGAGCUGUACUUUCCUGUCAUGAUCAACAUACUGUCUUUGUCCUGUGUUCUCACCUCACUGUGUCUGCCUGUCUGACUGCAUGUCUAUCGAAUGAUGGAACUAGCCCAUUUGUCUAAUAGUCUGUUUGUCCAAAAACAAUGUGUGCAUGUCUAAAUGCAUAGACCUGAUGCUGUAUAUACAGUACACUAGACAAUCAUCAAUAGAAAUGUGUGUAUAUAUUUUUGGUUUGGUUAAUUGAUUGAUUUUGAAGAAGCACUUCUAGAAUAAAACAUUUUUUUUUUUA